AUGAGCAAACACUUUGCUGGACGUUCGGAUGCAGAGCGCACCACAGGACUGGCGUACCUGCUCUCACCCACACGCUUCCAAUCCCCGGGCGAAGUGCGGUUCCGCCGGCACGGCUACGUGCGUGGUUGUUUCGUGAUGAGCAUGCUGCUCUACUUUGUGUACUGCAAUCCUGAGUGCAGUCACACUUACGCAGCGCUGCGGCAGCGAUGUGGAUGGGACACGACGGAGCCGAUGUUCCCACAGUACCUCAAGUUGCAGCCCUCGCAGAUCCACCGGGCAUCGACGGCAAGCCAGCAGCAGCAGCCUCCGCUGCGAAGUCAAUCAGCAUAUCGAUCAAGCGCAGGCGGCGAAGGGAACGGAGGAUGA